AUUUUUGUAAUUUUCAAUAAAGCAUUGAAAAAGGAAAAAAAAAAAUAGAAGCCGCCUCGACUGUGGAGGGACGUGCCUAAAGCGCCGCCAUCUUGGAACAGGGCUAGCAGAGGCAGCGGUGCAUCAACUGACGAAGGAAAGAGGAACUCUUCAAUCUCAAAACGAGCUUCUGACAGCAGAUUUGUGAGAGAAAAGAUGCCGGACUUCUGUGCGGCGUAUGGAUGCUCUAAUGAGCGGAGCACACACACCAGGUCUCGUGGGAUCACUUUUCACAGGUUUCCCAAAGACAACAGUUCAAAGAGACAAUGGGAACUGGCAGUGAAACGGAAAGGUUUUGUGGCAGCUAAGAGGACCCUGCUCUGCAGUGAGCACUUCAAGCCAGAAGACUUUGACAGAACAGGGCAAACUGUCAGGCUGAGACAUGGAGUCAAACCAUCUCUCUUCAACUUUCCAGCUCGUUUAAAAAAGCAAGUACCAUCGAAGACAACCAACGCUUCAAGGGAAGCAGAAGAAAGCCUUCCAGUGGACUUGCCUCAGCAAUUCCCUGAAGCUGAACCUCAUUCUAAUAUUGACCACAAUUAUGCUUUGCCUGCUUCUCCUACUGAUCUAAAGGCCAGACUUAGUGGAGCUCUGGCUAGAGUGGAGAGUCUGGAGCGCGAGAAGAGGAACAGCAUGAUCCGGGAGCGACGGGCGAAGAAAAAUGUGCACGCUCUUCUCGAGGAUCUGAGGGAGAAAAACCUGAUAAAUGAAGAUCUGAACGACAGACUUGAAUGCUACUCAGAUCUUCAGGUAGACCUCUUGGCAAAGAAGGGCCAUGAGUAGACCAGGGAGCAGAGGGAGUUUACCUUUGAUGAUUCCUGAUCUGCUCCAGGUCCAGCAGUAUGUCUGCACCUACCGGUUCAGCCAAGACCACUUGGAGCUUCUCUGUAGUUCAAUCAGAGUAUCAGGGGGCUGGACAACAAUCCCUCUGCCGGCCAGUUCCAGGGCAUCCUCCGGCGUCUGGUGGUCCGGUGUGGUGUCUCACCAAGUGGGUUAGGCAACGUGGCAGCACAGGAUCACACAGCGUGUCCGUCUGCUGUCCAGAUGUCCUCUGCCGAAACUGCAGACGAACUCCCUUCCCUGUUUGUUAACUCUGCAGCCCUCCUGUGUGACUAGCUACCUUCUCACACGCUUCGGUGGUCUUGUGGACAAUGCUGUGGUCUACAUCGCAGGGUUUGUGGUUGGGCAGGUUCUAAGAAGGCUCUCUUGCGAUGUGUGCCAACAACAGCUUUGCACUUUACUCGAUCGAAAAAUGUAAUAAAACCCAAUCAUUUAAUAACUUCACCAAUAAUGUAAUAAAACAUAUAUUAACAAGGCAAGGCAAGGCAAGUUUAUUUAUAUAGCACAAUUCGGACACAGGGACAUUCAAAGUGCUUUACAGGGGCAAGAUUAAAAUACACAUAACACAUUAGAAGACAUUUAAAAGCUAAUUAAAAAAAAAAAAAAAGUGAAUGAAUAAAACAUUUAAGAGUGAAUGAAUAAAAAUUACAGGUUAAAAUGGAAACAGAAAAGUCUCCCUAACAAACAAACCUAAGGCUCGCUGGAUCAGUGAAUUCUUUUAAGUCACUUCUCAAAACACAUUUUUACAGACUUGCACUCAUGUGAUGUUGGUCUUUUUAACUUGUGUGGUAUAUAUAUAUAUAUAUAUAUAAAUAUUAUUAAUUUCUUUUUUCUUCAUUAUUGGUUUCUUAUUUUUAUAGUGUUGUUCUGUCAAAGCACUUUGUGAACGCUGUUUUUAAAGGUGCUAUAUAAAUAUAAAGGUAUUAUUAUUAUUAUUAUCAACAUGUCAAAAGCAUCUUUUUUUAUCAUGAAUCUAUUUACAGUAUAAUGGAAAAACCCAUAUCAACAUGUUACUGACAUUACCAGCAAAUAGUGUUGCAGAAAUUAUUAUUAUGUCACUCCAAUAAAACGGGAUUUAAAUCUUUAAUCUUAACAACAUACAACUUCAGAAAUCCUGUAUAAACCCCAAAAGGGAGGAAAUAACCAUGUCAGUCGUCAUCAGGUUUUGUCAUUUUGAUGCUGACAUUUUUAUUUAAUCUUUAUUUAUACAAGUAAAUCAUAUACUAUAAGUAUGACAGUAUGUCAGCUGACCACUAUGUCACUUGACAUAGAGUAAGAUGUCAAUUUGACAUUGAAAGUGAUAUAAUAACCAAAUAUCGGUCAGGAUAUUUUAUUACUUUAUUGGUGAAGUGAUUACAUUAUUGGGUUUUAUUACAUCUUCAAUUAAGUAAAUGCAAAUUACAUUUUCAGGUGUUAUUACAUUAUCAGGAAAUUAUUACAUUUUAGGUUGCUACAGAGCUCCCACCGACUUAAUAAUGUUUGGCUGAUGAUUCCAUCAGAAGUCACAGUCAAGGUGGUGAGAGCAGCAGAGCGUGUGAUUCAUCAGAUCCACUCAGGUAAAGCUCCUGAGGGGUCAGUGGUCAUGCAUGUGGUUUGUGAGGAGAUCCUGCAAAA